GAGAGGCAGAAGUGGCGCCCCUUCUCUACAUUUCUGUGAGUGAGAGAUGUGAGAGUACAUCAAACAACUAAAUAUGAUUGCUAGAUGAGUGUAGAGUAGAGUAGGAAGAAACGUGUGUUGAGUGAAGUGUCUGAGGAAGGUGUGGCCUCAGGUGGCACUAAGGCAGCAGCAUGACCCGAGCAGCGGCCGCCGUGGUGACGGGCAUCUCCCCCAUCGAGGGUGUGCCAGGAACCAAGGUCACCAUCAGAGGAGAGAACCUUGGCUCCCGCCCCGAGGACCUUGUUGGGCUUACAAUAUGUGGGGUGGACUGCCUCAUGACAGCAGAGUGGAAGACAAGCACCAAGAUCAUAGCAAGGAGCGGCACUGGUGUGGGGAAGGGGGACAUCAUUGUGACCACUGUGCAGGGGGCAAGAGGAACAUCCACAGUGCAGUUCAGAGGGUACCAGGAGACCAUGGGGCCACUAAAAGAGUCUGCUGUGUGGGUGGAUGAGACCAUCUUCCUUAAUAUGGCCUUUGGCAGGAAGCGGCCCAUGUCCCCAGCCUCGGCCCUGCAGGAUGACCCCCUCGGCCUGUCUGUUGAGGGCCAUGACCGUCGUGUGCUGGAGGAGGAGCUGAAUGAGAUGUUCCCAGGGUGCUCUGGUGACCUCUCCUCUCCCAAGUUUAGCCCAGAGUGGUUCCUUCUAGAGAACCAUCUUUCCACCUCUUUUGAUGACCUGCGGGCAGGUCUGGCCUGCCUCAGGAGGAAGGUGGAAGCUCAGAAGGAGGGCCAGAUCUCCUUCCUUAAGGCUAAUGUGGGCUCUGUGCUGGAACAACUGGACACACUGCAGGAGCUGAAGUGCAAGUUCGAAAGCGACAUUCAGGAAUAUGGACGCAACUCCACCCAGUUCCUUGAAACGUCCAUCAUUGAGUGCAAGGAGGAGGCCGACAAGCUCUUCAAGGAUGUGUUGCAGCGGAAGGACAGAGCGGACGGGACUCGCAGCGCCCUCAAUGUCCUCAACCGCUUCCGCUUUCUGUUGUUCCUGCCAGUGAACAUUGAGAGACACAUCCAGAGGGGUGACUAUGACAUUGUGAUCAACGACUAUGCCAGAGCCAAGAGCCUCUUUGGGGACAGCCAGGUUCCGCUGUUCAGGUUGUUCUACAGUGAGGUGGAGAAGAGGAUUGAAGACCUCAGGGGAGUGUUGGGGGAGCAGCUGGUGCGCAUGCCGUCCUCCCUUGAUCACCAGAAGAAGAUCAUCAGAAAUCUUCAUCAUUUGGAAACCCCUGGAGACCCAGCCUGGCGGUGUCUUCAGGCCCAGCAUGGCUACAUCCUCAACCUGCUCCUGUCCUCUCGCAACGCACACCUCAACAGGGAGAUGGCGGACCACGACCUUGGUUCUGGCGGUGGGAAGGGAGGUGGUGGUGGUGGUGGAGCAAGACAUACCACUCCUGCUGCCAAAUAUAACAAGAUCAUGAUGUCUUCUGUUGGGGAGUGGCAGGCAACAGCCCCCAUGCGAGUGCUCAUGGUGGAGGAGAUCUGUGAGUUGCUUUCCACCAACUUCCCUGACAUGUGGAAGCUGAGCCAGGCAUACUUUGGUGGGGAGCUGCUGCCGCCCACUGCUCAGGUGGACCACCAGCAACAUCCCAGAUGCAAGGAGAUGAUACUGGAGCUGCUACAUGUGUUCAGUGGGGCACUGCGAGGUGCCCUGAUGCCGCGCUCCCUUGACCCAGCAGGACACAACUUCAGGAAGUACCAUGUGUGGCCAGAGGUGAUGCUCGACCAGAUCACCCCAUGGCUGCCCCAGGUUCUGCGUCAUGUCAGGGGCUGCUACAACACACUGCUGACCCUUGACCUCCCCAAUGAUGCCCUGGACGUGAUUCGUGACCUCAUAUUUGACCUCAGGGUGCACUGCCUCACCUCCCUCUUCCAGCAGACCAUGGAGCAUGUGUGUGGACUCUACACUAGGGAGCAGUGGAAGGUGGAGAUGGAUGAUGAACAUGGAGGGUGCACACAGCUGCCCUACAUCUGUGAGAGUGUGAUAGUGGAGUGUGCUCAGCUGGUAAGGGAAACAGUACUGGAAGCAAGUCCUAAGGAGGUGCCUUUGUUGGACCAUCCCACUGUGAGGAGGGAUCUUACCACCCUCAUCCAUAAUGUUAUUGUUGCCUUUGCUCAGGCCCUAGAGAAACUCACCCUGAGGGACCCUGAUGAGGAUACGGGUGAGUGUGGAGUGAGUGAGGAUGCCCCGGGGGUGGAGGCUCAGCUGCUCAUCACCCUCAGUAACUGUGCCUUCAUGAGGAGGGUCAUCCUGCAUCGCCUUCAGGAUACUCUUGUCAGGGCAUCCUACCCACAGGAGGAGGUGAAGGAGGCAGUGGAGCAGGCUGACCGCACCUACUCUGAGCUGCAGGACAGGCUGUUUGAGGCUUAUUUGGAGGAGCGAGUUGACCCCAUCAUAGGUAUGAUAGAGCGGUCCAUGUACCUGGGCAUGUACGACUGGGGCAAGGUGGAUUGGGAGCCUUCAGAAGUGAGGACCUACGUCAAGGAAAUACUCAUCAACAUAACAUAUGUCCAUGCUGAGGUGAUGAGGGUGUGGCCAGGCCUUGUCGGGGGGCUGGUGGGGCGUGUGGUGGAGGGCGUGGGGGAGGAGAUGGGGCGUCUCAUGGCCUGUGUCAGUCAGUGGUCACGCUAUGGUGCUCUCCAGGCCCACACUGACCUGGCGGCCCUGACCUCUGUGCUGUCUGGCCACGUCUCCCCCAAUGCAAAAGCAUCAUUCCAAGAAGCCAUUGAGAGUCUGCCCAAGUUGUCAGCCUCAGAGGAGAGGUUGAAGAAUGAGAUACUAGACUCCUUCAGAAGCAAGAUGGGAUACCUGUUGGCCUGCUUCCGUGACCUUGAGCCCCUCACUAACGGCACCGUGACCCAGUCCCUUGCUUGAGGCGGUGGAGUGGUGUGGACUGGCUGAAUUCAAGACACCACAUCAAUAGGUGUAUGUGGCACUGGGAGAGGCAGGUAGGGAGCUGUAGGGAAAAGGAGGUAGGGAGUGUGUUAGGGUGAAUAAGGUAGGAAAGGAGAAAAGAGUAAUAAGUUUUUGAAGAAAGAAGUGAUGAGAUGAAGAGAGGAGUAAGAGAAGCAGGGAAGGAAAGAAGGAGGUAGGGUGAGAGAGAUCAGAGAGAUGUGAAGCUAAAGAAAGUAGGAAAAGAGAAAAAAAAUGUUGGUUUUAGAGGUAAUUAACAGGACAAGGGAAGUUAAAAGAAAGUUAGAGAGAAGGAAAUAAAGAAGUAGGAAGGUAGGUAAGAAAUAUUGGAUGCUAAAGAAAGUAAGGAAGAUAACAAUAGAUAAAAGAGAGGUAAGAAGUCAUAAGACAAGGGAAGAGAUAAAGUUAAACAA